GUUUACUAUCACAACCCAAAGUAUCAAAUUAGAGAGCAUCACUGCGUUGUUAGAGAAGUAGGAGACCUAUGCUGCAUCUGUAACUUUUACGCAAUAUAUCUGCUCUUUGCCUUCUAUAAGCUCUUCACUCUAUUCAUCCUUAGUGGGACUAAGGCUAAAGAUCGACGAACGUUGCUGAACGGAUUUUGGGUGAGUAUGAGUUUAGGAGCAUCGGUAACUUAUUUGCGAGAGUUGAUGUGCGAUCUUAGCAUUCUUUGGUUAACAUGGGCGAUUGCACAGAUCGUUGCCAUUAAUCUUGUCUUCUAUGGAAUCAAGAGCAUUCGCUGGCGAUUUUUUUUGCCACAUCUUAUUUUAAGAUUCUUUGGCACAGGAGCUCUGCUUUGCUUAAUCGUUAUUUUUGGACUUUCCAUUGUCUCGGAAGAGAAUAACGCUGCUUACAUAGCUGGAUUGGUGAUUGUCACUCUACUAGUGGUCUUUUGGAUUUAUUCUACGGUGACAGAGUUUUGGUGUGCGUAUUUUGUGAAGCGUUCACAAGAAACUGGUUUCUCGAUAUCGGUAGCUCGACCGAUUGGCCCAGCAACGAUAUCACUAAGCGAAAGAGCAGCACCUUUAUCGCCACCAAAGCGGCAACUACCACCACUUCGUCACACCUACGGCGGAAGAAGCGAUCCUCAGAAAUACGCGCAAUAA